GGCGCGCGUCUUGACUGUAGGUCGUUUGACGCGUUCAAAAGCUUUAGCUCACUUCAGGUUUGGUUUGUCAGGUUUCCUGAACCUCAAAUUUGUGAUAUCAUUAGUAUUUGCCUUUUGGUUUCGUUAUUAAACGCAGGUCUGUCACAUGAUUUUGUAGAGUCGUCGGUUAUUCCCUUGUCAUGUAAUUCUUAUCUCCGAUCUCCACACGUGGUACCGUAUGUACACAAAACAUAGUGCGCCUACUCUAUCAAGAAAGUGUGUUGUUUCAAGCUACAGACUAUCUGCUUUAUGUUUUCAUCUCGUUGGAGGGUGUGUUCAUAGGACAAUGGCGACCGUGUAAUGAAGAUUGACAUCACAAUAGGUUGACAAGCCUAUGAUGCGACGGUAGUAAAUGUUAUUGCGGAUUAGAAGGCAUCGCAAUGGGGUCACAUUAGGCUCAUCAGUAUCUUAAAGUAUGACGGGUUUGUUCAUUGGUCUGAGAUCGUAGUAACGCAGGUUAGGUUUUAACCGCAACCUCGUCGAUGCGCAAGCGCUGUUAGUCCGUUAUAGAUGGGCGGCAUAUAGCUUUUCAUUCGGGCUCCCUAGUUUUUAGUGUCCAUUUGACUUCGAGUAAUUUUUGUCCUAUUGUUUACCUACUUCAGACUAAUUUAGUGUACUGUAAUCAUUCCGUUAUAUGACAAGCUCAAAUAACUGCGAUAUUAUAAUAUCAACCUCUUAUAAGAGGUUGAAUAUGAAGUACUAUAUUUUAUACACGUGGAUUCAUCGGACCAUAUGCAGAGCACAAAGAGUUUGUAAACAGUGGCAAUCACAUGUGGUGUGCUCUGUGAUAGGUUAGCUAAUAUAAAGAUCAAUCGUGUAAUGUGUAUAACGGAGUCAGAGUCGUACGAUACUCAUAUUAAUAUUACUGUCAGGAUUAAUACACCCUAUUCUGAAUUUAACUAGCCGUACACAUCCGACAUACCCUUUUUUUGCAGACUCCUGAGUGUCAGUUGUCUGAAUGGACUUUGGCUUAUGACUUCUGUUUUCUGUCUAGUGGAUUACACUGUUGGUCACACGGUUGCCCCUUUCAUUUGCUGUAGGUCACAUCAGAUGGUUUUUCGUUUACGGAUAGUAUUGUUGGUGAUCUUGCUCACCAUUAACUUUUGUUGGUUUCAUUAUCACUAAAUGAGUAUUUUGUGUUCACUGUAUCUACUUGGGUUAGUUCUUAUUAUCCCUCAUAUGAUGCUAGCUUGAUAGAGGGCGGCUCGCAGCUUUUAUCUAUUAUGUUAACGGCUACAUACCAACUGGUUAAAGGCGUUUUCUCCAAAAAUAGCUAUUAGCGUUUGCUAUUCCAGAAUCCUACUUCGUGGAUCAGUCACUCGCUACUUAUUAUCUUUUAUUCAUAUAGUUAUUUAAAAUAUGCUUACUAAGUUUUAGACCUACCCUUUUCCUUUUCUCAGAUCCCUUGUUACGCUAUUCGACCUGGCGAACUGGAAUUCCACGCAAGAUUAUUCCUUCACUUUUUUACCAAUCAAAACCCAUUAACCUGUUGAUACAGUUCUUUCAACAUGUUUUUGAGGCCAGAGAGUUUAGGUCUACUUUUCUUGAUACUCAAUACCUCAUGGUCGGUAGAUCGUACUAAUUUUAAGACAUGUGACCAGAGCUCGUUCUGUACUCGACAACGACAAAUAAAACCCGGGGAACUUGCGCACUGGUUAGAACCAAGUUCUGUCAAGAUAAACCCAUAUGGAAUAACUGCAGUUAUUUAUACUGAAGAUCGAAACCAUUCUCUGUCGUUAGAUGUUACCUAUAAUCAACACUCCAUCUUCCGUGUACUCAUUGAUGAAUUGACAGAUGAGUAUAAAAGGUAUCGUGUACCUACAGGAGACGUUUUGCCAGGCGUUCAAAAGGCCCCUGCCAGGUGUAUAUUUGCUGAAAAUGGUUUAGUGUUGGAUGGACAGUCUGGAUACAAGGCAGUCGUGUAUUAUAACCCUUUUCAUAUCGAUUUUUUCCUGAAUGACGUUGUUGUAGCGUCAGCAAAUAAGAGAAGUCUUUUAAAUUUUGAACAUCAGAGGAAAAAACCGAUUAUCGAUAAAAAUAAGGUAUCUCAAAAUGACAACCAUACGUUACCAAGUGAAAAUCAUGAGGUCGAUAUUUCUACUGUAAAGAGUUCCGAAGAUUCUUCAGGAAAUACAGAUGUACCAAAAGACUCUACUACCGAUGAAGACAAAGAAGAUGAAAAACAAGAUCAUAUAGGUACAGAUCACACAGUUCCGGAAGAUCAGUCAUGGUCAGAAUAUUUCAAGGAACAUCUUGACACAAGACCUCACGGCCUAAACUCCAUCUCGAUGGAUUUCGACUUUCAGGGAUUCAGUCACGUCUAUGGAAUCCCAGAACAUGCUGAUGGAUUCGUUUUGAAAUCUACAAAUGAUGGCGACCCCUACAGACUUUAUAAUCUUGAUGUAUUCGAAUAUGAGGUCUAUAAUAAGAUGGCCUUAUAUGGCUCUGUCCCUGUUAUGUGGGGACACAAUCAAAACAGUACUGUGGGUGUUUUGUGGCUGAAUCCGUCGGAGACAUGGAUCGACAUUGAUCACUCAAACUCACAAAAUAGCGGAAUAUUUUCCGGUUUUUUUUCAAAGAAACCAGAGAAAUCUUCAGUACAAACGAGAUGGAUAUCUGAGUCCGGCUUAGUAGAUUUAUAUGUGUUCAUGGGUAGUACUCCAUCUGAAGCGAUGCGUUCUUAUGCUAGCGUGGUAGGUACUACCAAGUUACCACCCCUGUUUGCGAUUGGUUAUCAUCAGUGUAGAUGGAACUACAAUGAUGAAGCUGAUCUACUUUCUGUAGACAAACAUUUUGAUGAAUAUGAAAUGCCUGUUGAUGUUCUGUGGUUAGACAUUGAACACACUGAUGGAAAACGUUAUUUUACUUGGGAUAGAACUAAAUUUCCAAAUCCAAAAGAAAUGGUUGAUAAACUGAAUCUUAAAGGUCGAAAGCUCGUUACGGUUGUUGAUCCUCACAUUAAGCGUGACUCGAAUUGGCCUUUAUUCAGCAAUUCCCAAAAUAAUGGAAUUUUCGUCAAAACUAGAGAUGGGACCGAAUUCGAUGGUUGGUGUUGGCCUGGAUCUAGUGCGUGGCCUGAUUUCACUGAUAAAUCUGUUCAGCAGUGGUGGUCAAAUCUAUUCCUUACUUAUGAGCCUGUUUGCAAAGAUUCCAUGUUUACCUGGAAUGAUAUGGGUGAACCAUCAGUUUUUAAUGGCCCUGAAGUCACUAUGCACAAAGAUGCUAAGCAUGCAGGUGAUUGGGAGCAUCGUGAUGUACAUAACUUAUACGGGUUAUACGUACAUAAGUCAACUUGGGAUGGACUCAUGUUGAGGUCGAACGGUGUAGAACGUCCUUUUGUGUUGACCCGUGCGUUUUUUGUUGGUUCACAGCAGACAGCAGCUGUUUGGACUGGAGACAAUACUGCUGAUUGGUCACACUUAAAGAUUUCAACUUCUAUGCUUCUCAGCAUAUCGAUCGUGGGGAUAACUCUAUGUGGAGCUGACGUGGGAGGUUUUUUCGGCAAUCCAGACUCUGAGUUAUUGACAAGAUGGUAUCAGGCGGCUGCUUAUCAACCAUUCUUCAGAGCUCAUGCACACAUAGAUAGCAAACGCCGUGAACCUUGGCUAGUGGCUUCGGAAUAUAUUGAUCCCAUUCGAAAAGCAAUACAAGCUCGCUAUCAAUUACUUCCAUAUUGGUAUACACUAUUUGCUCGUUCGGAAGCAAACGGUCAACCAGUUAUGGCACCUAUGUGGUUUCAUUUUCCUAAAGAUGUGAAUACGUUUGGUUUGGAUGAUCAAUAUAUGAUUGGAGAAGCUGUGCUUGUGAGUCCUGUCACUGAUCAAGGUGCUGGCUAUGUGCAAUUAUAUUUUCCAAAGGGAACAUGGUAUCAUUAUCCAUCGCUUGAGGUAUUUGCAGGUGGACAGUCGACACAAUAUCCAGUAACGAUAAAUUCCAUACCUGUGUUUUAUCGAGGUGGGUGGAUUAUACCACGAAAAGAGCGUAUACGUCGUUCAUCAUGGCUUAUGCGUAGUGAUCCCUAUACAUUUGUUGUUUGUUUGGACCCUCAAGAGCGUGAUGCUGUUGGUUAUAUAUACAUAGAUGAUUUCCAUUCAACUUCUAAAUCAAAUGCCCAGUUUUUCAAAAUUAUUUACCAACGAGUUGUCGACCCAACGGGUGCAGGUGUGCAUGGUGGACGAUUGCGCUUACAACGUUUACCAUUACCAGGUGAAACGUCCAUAGUACUACCUAAAGAUGAUGUUUUAAUACCGAAAAUUGAACGCUUUGUUAUUGUUGGGUUCAGUAGUCCUUUGGAAAGAAUUACUGUGAUCGAUGCCCAUAAACCACGAAGGAAUUUAGGGUUUUCCAUUACUCCGUCCUCUGUUUUUUCUGCUGGUUUUAAACACAUACCACGCAUUGUUGUUGUUCGUAAACCUGAUCUUUCAUUAAAUGAUGAAUGGGAAGUGCAUUUUGUCACAGGUAAAGAAUCCAGGGAUGAUUUGUAAAUGAUAGUUGAUAUCAAUUCUAUUUGUUCAACGUGGUACUCUCAUGUGUAUAUGAUUUGGCUUCAAGUUAUCUUAUUUUCUAAAAUACUUGCUCAGUUUUAAUUUUUACAUAAUUUCUCUCCAUCUCUUGAAACGUGACGUGUACUCUUGCUUGUCUGUUUGUUUUUUCACUUUUCAUGUUUUCGUCUCGUUUUUUCCUGUUUUUAGCGCAUCUUUCUCAGUUCCCUUUUUCUAUUUUGUCAUUGUAUCUGUGUUUGAAUGUAAACAAGGAAUUUUUCACUGCUUUUAUGUAUGUUUUUAUUUUAAAAAGUGAAUUUGUUUAGUUAAGAAAGAAACCUUUUUUGGAUUUAUAAUGGAAUCGUCAAAAGAUUUAGGUGCAUAUUUAUAUAAAUUGUUUAACCAUUU